AUCCUUAUGAUAAUAAACUCAUGCAAGCUUCUAGCACAAGAUUCUAUAGUAUACUGCCCUCUCAGCUACUUUAUUUACAUUCUCUAGCAGACGAUGCUGUGAGUAGGUCCAUGGAGUGGCCCACAAACACACACACUCCCAUUAUCAUGUGUGCCUGCGUACUGUAUGACAGAUGUAUGGAAGAUACACAAAGCGUGAAAUGUGUCGGUGAUGUUAGACGCGAGGACCUCAGGUAUGACUCAGUCAGUGCUCCUGCUUGUAUUGGUGUAUUCAUGGCUUGAGUUGCCAAAGCAUCGCAUCCCCCCUAGAAUUACCCAUUCAUCGGUCUGCCCUUACUUUAUCUUUCAUUCAUUCUCCAGCUGAGCUGAGCUAAAGCUAAGCCUUUGCUUGAUUUCCCUGGAUUGUAUACUUUCGUUUGGAUGCAAUGUCAGGAAUACCUCGAUAUGAGUAUGAUAUGUUCAUGUUAAUUGUGCGGUAGAGUUCACGGAUCUUUUAUAUUGUAGUUCUCUAAGUUCAUGCCAUGAAAUAAUUCAGGCCAACGAAAUAUUUAGAAUGCACUCAUGGAUGUAAUACUCCUAUUGAUGAUUGUGUUGCGGGGGCUUUAACAUCGAUACCUCAUUCCAAGUGAGGAAGAAAGCUAAUUUGCAGCAUAAUUGGAUGUAUCAAUCUCAUGGAUUACUACUGUCUGGAAGUCUGUCGAACCUUUACAGAUCGGUUUUUUUUCCUUUUGAGCUGCAACCAUUCCAAUCUUGAAACGUUCCCUGGGAAACAUACGUCGAUUCAGGAAAUUUACAUAGAUGCUGCACAUGCCAUUAUGGAUUUAUAUAUCUCGAUUCCAUUAAAGGAGCAUAUAUGUUUGGGUUAACUAGAAAAGUCUUUCUUCAUCUCAGUUCAUUCCCUUACAAUGAUCAUUGAAGUGUGUGUAUAGAUUUACAUGUACCGUAUUCUAAACAAUCAAAAUGAUGCGGACGUCGUUAUCCAGUGUCUUGCUAUCCGAAUCAAGCCCCCACAACGGGGUCGAUGAAGGGGCCAGAAAUAAAGACGGUGGGGGUACUUCGUCCAGGAGAUCAUUGAGUUUUAGACGCAAGAAACGUAGCCUGAGCUGGCGAAAGAACAGGUGUCUGAGUGACAUAAUCAAUGUCGAUUCAUUUGUGAACAGCCAAGAAUGGACACUGAGCAGAACAGUCCCAGAACUGAAAUUGGGUGUAGUGGGGAGCUUAACAAGUGGGAAGUCAGCUUUGGUACAUCGUUACCUGACGGGAUCAUACAUGCAAGAGGAAUCACCAGAAGGAGGGAGAUUCAAGAAGGAGAUCGUUGUGGAUGACAGGAGUUACCUGCUCCUCAUCAGAGAUGAAGGAGGCCCUCCCGAGCUCCAGUUCUGCUCCUGGGUGGAUGCCGUCAUCUUGGUCUUCAGUGUGGAGGACGAGAUGAGUUUCAACAUGCUGUACAACUUCUAUGCCAAGAUAGCCCACUACCGGAAUACGGCAGACCUUCCCAUGAUUCUAGUGGGUACCCAAGAUGCACUAACGCAAAACUCACCGAGGCUGAUCGACGACACAAAAGCCAAGAAGCUGGCGGCCGAUCUCAAACGCUGCCCUUACUUUGAAACAUGUGCAAUGUAUGGACUCAACGUAGAAAGGGUCUUCCAAGAUGCCGCCCAAUUAAUAGUGGAGAAGAAGCACUAUCACCCGAUGGUGUCCCUCUCCAACUCAAGCAGCUCCCUCCCCAGCACGCCCCACUCGGUGCGUAGCAACCCUUUCCCGGGUACCGCCCCCUUCCCGGGUCCAAACACCCUCUCCGCCCCUAGCAUCAACCAAUCCAACAGCCAGCACCACCAGCAGCAGCAGCAAGGAGGGGGAACCACUGGCUCCAUGGGCUCUAGGAAAGGCAGUAGAGACUCCAUCAGAGAAGGUUCACAAGGCUCCAACCAAGGCUCGGACAGAGGACCCCUUCAACCAAGCCCUAGCAGUACACCUAACUUCACAAGAAAGUCCAGGAGGAAAUCAAAUCUCUUCACGCCCAACAAAGGCAAACCUCAAAAUACUGAGGCAAAGAAUGGCGGUGCUGGUGAUAGUAGCUCCCUUCCAAACCACAGUCAAAGAGGAAUCGGUAGUGGAAGAAGUAUUCCAGUCAAACAGGGUUAUCUUUACAAGAGGAGUAGCAAAGCGUUAAACAAAGAGUGGAAGAAAAAGUAUGUUACACUUUGUGAUGACGGCAGAUUAACGUAUCACCCAAGCUUACAUGACUACAUGGAUGAUGUACACGGCAAGGAGAUUCGGCUUCUGAACACGACAGUGAAAGUACCCGGCAGGAGACCUCCUUUAGCCAGAGCUAACACCCAAGUAGGAUCCAAUUCAUCAAACUCAGGGACCAAUGGCAUCGCUAACAACAUGAAAGCUAUGACAUUAUCAGGGCACGCUGGACCCGGCAUCCAUUCCAACCAAGCAGCCAUAUCAAGAGACACAAGUAAUCCGAUGCUGUCACAAAGAGAAGUACAAGAAGCGAAGACAAAGUCUACAUCACUGCCACGGGAUACGUGUUUCUCAGAUGCUGUUGUCAUCUCAAAUUCAUCUGUCAUGCCAUCAAGUAUGUCAAAUGGUGUAGAUGCGCCUCUGUCGUUCCCUCAGAUGGGCAUGACAAGUAAAGAUGGGCACGGAUCCAAGAAAAAACAUAGAAGAAUGAGGAGUUCAGGAGGGAACAAAAGCUUAGAUCAUCAUCAUUUAGAAGCAGAAAGUGAAGACUGUGAGUUUGUUAUUGUAUCAUUAGACAAUAGGCAAUGGAAUUUUGAAGCCACAAGUUCAGAGGAGAGGGAUGGAUGGGUGGUGGCCGUCGAGCAGAGGAUAUUAGCAUGUCUUCAGACCAAUGAGAGUGCAAAGGGUAAAGGUCAACUCUCCAAUCUUGAACAGAGUGCCAUCGUAGAGACCAUUAGAAAAGUACGAGGCAAUGGAUCUUGUGUCGACUGCGAAGCACAGAAUCCCGACUGGGCCAGUUUAAAUCUUGGAAGCCUCAUGUGCAUUGAAUGUUCGGGUAUUCACAGAAAUCUAGGCUCACAUAUCUCCAGAGUUAGAUCAUUAACAUUAGAUGGAUGGCCUCCCGAGUUAGCGCAAGUGAUGAUGCUUACCGGCAACGCGUUGACAAACAGCGUGUUCGAGGUGUCGUUACACAGUCAGAGCAAACCUUCAGUCACGUCGGGUCGCGAGGAAAAGGAGAAGUGGAUACGAGCGAAGUAUGAAAAGAAAGAAUUCAUCGCACCCUACCCGUACCCCGAGAGAAACCUUGGUCAGCAGCUUAUGGAAGCGGUCAUCAGGGAAGAUAUCAGGGCGGUCAUGCUGUUAUUGGCCCAUGCGCAGGACGACGAGGUCAACUAUCGCUAUGGCGAUGGAGACGGGAGGUCGGCCCUUCACCUGAGCUGCGCCAUGGGAAACGUUGUCAUCACCCAACUUCUCAUUUGGUACAAACUCAAUGUAAACAUCAUGGAUUCUGAUGGGAGAACCGCGCUGGGGUACGCGAGGAGCGUUGGAGCCGACGAUUGCGCAAAGGUGCUCGUCAUGAACGGUUGCCAUGACAAUGGAGAUUUAAACUCUAACAUGAACAAUAGCACGUUACUUAGAGUGCCCCGAGGACCCGGAAGGGGGCAUCAUCUUACCGGCGAUAAGAUUUCCAGCGUAAUUUAGGACCUUUUGGGGAUAUGCAAGCUUUGCAUUCUGUUUGGUGGUAUGAGAAUGAGAGGAGAGAAAUAGGAUGUAUAUUAGUGAGGAGAGAGAGAGAGUGUGUGUACAUUUGUUUAUGGAUGCAAGAAAGAGAGUUGAUACAAGUAAAAGAGAAAAGGAGUAUAGAGAGAGAAGGUUGCUAAUGUUAGAGGCAAAGAGAUGAGAGUCACCUUAUAAGAGAAUCAAAUAGGAAGGGAGCAUGUGAGAGGAGUGGGGAUGUCAUAUUUAAUACCAUUGAUGAUUUUGAGAUUACAAACUAGAAUCAUUUUCAUUUAACAAACAUACAUUCUUCUAUGGGACACAUACUUCCCUUCAUUCAGUGCCAUGUUGAGCGCUCAGACCUGCAGGUAUGUGUUCCUGGAAAGUAAGUCUAUAUUCUAGGAUAAUUUCAGAUCUAUUGAGGUAUGAUGAUAUAUCAUGUAAUAAUAUACCAAUGCUCACAAACCUGAAAGGUAGAUUCAACCCUUCUUUGAACGUUAUUUACAAAUUCACACUUUUCAGUCUUUUACGUUACUGCUGACUUUGCAUUUGUCUGCAUUUUCAUGAUGGUUACGCAAGCAAUCGAGAUCGAAUCCCCCUCCUUCCAUUCUCACUGAUAGAUCAGAUUGAGAACAUUUUCAUCAAAGGAACAGAAUAUUCAAAUGGUCUACAAGCAGUUGGUCUACUCUACAUCCCAGAUAGUCUAACACCACAUAGGCUAAUAAAUCCAUUUGGUCCACUCUCUAUUUGGUCCAGCUGUCAUUUGAUCUACACUACACUUUAUUAGUGUAAUACCAAUUAAGUCUAAUUCUCAUUUCUUAUGAUGCUCAGACAGUCUACUUUCCAC